UGGAUCCACCAGGCCCUUACUUUACGAACAUGGCAAAAAAAGUUCGCCUUGACCGAGGAGAUGCAGACUUUGUCGACGUUAUACAUACAGACAGCAUUGUAGGCCUAGGCACUACAGAAGCUAUUGGGCAUAUUGACUUUUACCCUAAUGGUGGAGAUCAUCAGCCAGGAUGUGUAAUACAACCAAUAAGCACGCUCUUUACAGAAGGAGUAGAACAAGGCGUGAGACGCCUUUUUGCUUGUGACCAUCUGAGAUCCAUCGACUAUUACAUUGAAGCUAUGGAUAAUGAAAAAUGUACACCAGUAGGUGUCGCUUGUGAAAGCUGGAAAAAGUAUUCGGAUGGUGAAUGUUCAGACUGUGGAGACACAGGCCAAAAGUGCAUCAUGGUUGGACCACAAGCUGAGACCUUUCGAGAAUUCAAGAAUGACAAAAAAGGAAAAAAGUUUUUCUUUAAGACGGCCCCCACCAAGCCAUACUGCAUGUAUGACUAUCAGGUUCAGGUGACUUUGGCUAAACCAGAAGAUAGCUCUACUCAGCGAGGAAAACUUUACGUCACAAUAGAAGGUGAAGAUGACGAUCUCUCAAUUCGACUAAGUGAAAGGUCCGAAGAGCUUGAGCCUGGAGAACAAUACAGUUACCUCGUGUCUACAAAGAAGAACCCUGGCCCAAUAGAGACAGUCAAGUUUAAAUGGGUCAGCUAUGCCCCUACUUUAUUUGACCCCGAAUUUUGGCAAGGUAAAACUUACGAAGGCGACAAAGAAGUGUAUCUGAGCAGAGUGUCUGUCAACCCUAUUAACAACGGAAAUAUAGAAGGACGCAAGGUGACGCCUUCCUCUUUCUGCUACAAGCCAGAUGAGCCAAUCAAGUCUAACAAACGUGUCGAGUUGACCCCUGGUGAAUGUGAGGAAAUUAUACAGUGAUUUUAAAAUCAAGAACAGGAACAAUGUUUAAAAUGUAUAAUAAAAAUUAUAUUUGGUGAAGCCAACAUAAAGGAACUACAUAUUUCGGUACCGUCAUCGGGAAUAAAACAUACGGGGCAAACAGGAAUACAAGAAGAAAGGUCUCCUGAUGGUUCAGAAAUAAGUUUAAGGACUUAGAACACUAAAAUCCUGGGUUCGAUUGACACAACAGAUAGGUUACUAUGGCUUUACUCUAAUGAAAUAGACAAAGAAGGAGAUUUAACUCAUUGUAAACUUAAAGUUAGUAAAUAAUAAAUGAAUAUUAAAGCACAAGAUUUCAGUUGAUUCAAUUUAAGUUUCACGUUUAUUUCAAACUAUUGUUUCAUAUCGAAUGACCUCUUUCAACAGUGUAUUUAGUAAGCGGAAAAAUUAACAUCAUUAAGACGGUAUUUUACAUUGCGUUUAGCUUGACCGCAAUAUAAUAUAUUACAAUCACGCCUAACUUCAUGAAUACCUUUUUAUCCAAAAUAUCUUACCUUUAAAGAAGUUAGUAUUAAGUUAAUUUUAUUAACUGGCUUGAAAAUAACAAUAAAAUUAUGUUUGCUCAACACAUUAGCGAUUUGACCAGUUACAGCUCAUAUAUAUAGUAAUACUACUAUAUUGUAAUUUGUUUCAUCCUUCACGAUUUUGGAAAGAAAUAAUAAUUUCUGAUGAAUGACAAUUAAAGUUUACAAUGAGUUAAACUUUUUCUCUAUACAAGUACCGGCUUGUCUGGUAAAGUUUAUAAUGAGUUAAACCUUUUCUGUAUACAAGUACAGGCUUCUCUGGUAAAGUUUACAAUGAGUUAAACCUUUUCUCUCUACAAGUACCGGCUUGUCUGGUAAAGUUUACAAUGAGUUAAACCUUUUCUCUCUACAAGUACCGGC